CGUCGUCGUUAACGUCAGUUGUCAGCUUUGAGCUAGCGCGCGAGUGAAAAAAUUUCCUUUCCUUGGUUCUUCGGUUAAUUAAAAUUAAGGAGAAGGGGAAAAAAUAAAUAAUUCCUGUUUGAAUUGUGUGUGUGUGCGCGAAUGAGAGCCCCCCGCACUCCAAACCCCAAGCUUACUGCUUUAGGUGUGCUUUUGUUUAUUCCAAUUGGAAUUAGUGCUGUCGCUAUUAAAAGUGAGACUUUUGUCUGAAGCUGGCUACAAAGCACAGCCAAGCAUAACAUCAUCGGCCAGUCAAGGCAGUGACGUCGCCGUUAAUUGUAUCGUACAAUCUACCCAUCAUAGAAAGAGAAUUUUUUCAAUUUUAGCCAAAGAAAAAAAGGCGCUAAAGUUUACAGAGAAGUUAACCAUCACCAUAAUUAAAUCAAUCAAUUUUCGGUUGUAGAAUUGGCAGCAAACCUAAUUGAAUUCCACUUAAAAAAUAAUAAAAAAAAUACUACUCAAAAUAUGGAAACAAAAAUGGAUGCAAACAUGGAACAACAGUUCGAUUUGAGUCUCAUUGAGGCGGUAAAAGUGAAUCCGGUCAUUUAUGAUCGCUCACACUAUAAUUAUAAGCACUUUGUGCGAAAGGCCCAAGUUUGGAAACAGAUUUCGGAGCAAUUAGGAAUGCCUGAACAAAAAUGUACCAAACGAUGGAAAAGUUUACGCGACAAAUUUGCCAGAGAAAUGAAAUUGAGUACAGAAUCACGAUGGCGCUACUUCAAACAAAUGAGUUUUCUAGUAGAGUCCAUAAGACAAUAUCGCGAAUCAUUAUUGGGCAAAUGUGGCCCUUUGCCCACUACACAACCUGCCAACAAUCAGGUAGCCCAAGUUGAUCCCAAUCAACAACAGACCCAACAACAGCAACAUGUAGUUGAUGCCAUAUUUCCCCUCAAUGGUGCUCCAACAUCAUCUAACCAGGCCUUGCACAAUCAUCAUGUCGAAAUUACAGUUACUGGCGAUAAUCAAUUAACAGCGACCACCACACCGGCCUCUGGAAAAGAUACCAAACAAACCUUUUACUAUGAAGUACCCAUGAAGCGAGAACGCACCGAAGAUGAAAUAUUUCAUGAAAGUAUGCUGAAUAGCCUUAAAUUUAAACAAAACUCUCAGGGUGUUAGUGCCGAGGAUCAAUCGUUUGGCGUCGUAGUAACAGACAUGCUAAAUACGCUGGGCGUGAGACAAAAAGCUGAGGCCAAAGUUCAUAUUAUUAAGUAUCUUACCGACAUGCAGUUGCUGGCUCAACAUAAUAAAUACUAAAAUUAGGCAAAAAUUAGGGAAAAACAUACAGUGGUACAUAAAAGUCUACGUACCCUUUCGUACACAGAAAAAAAUCGGUUUCAAUCACGAAAUUAAUUGAUCCAAGUAAUUUUUUUAUUGAAGCUGCUUCAUUCACGAAAAUGAUAAUAUCAAUAACGGUUUUUGAAAAAGUAAUUGAAAUGAUUUUCAA